AUGGGCGCGCCGGCGCGCACUUUUGGCGUCCUAGCCGGGAUAUUCUUCUUUUUGGCGUGCCUUUUCCUUGUCGGGCUUAUUUAUUUCUAUUUCACGAAACCGCCGGAGGUUUGCCUUACACCUGGAUGCAUACAUACAGCAUCGGUCAUUUUAUCUUCAAUGAACGCCUCAGUUGAUCCGUGUCAAGAUUUCUAUGCGUACGCGUGUGGACAAUGGAUAAAAGGACAUCCGAUUCCCGAUGAUGCGCCAUCUGUAUCGAAUUUUGAGAAUCUCGGACAAGAUCUCGAGUUUGCGUUGAAAGAACUACUCGAGGCUCGCGAUGACACCAUUCAACCAGACAGCGCUGUCAAUAAAGCAAAGAUCUUCUAUCAGCAAUGUUUAAAUGAAAGUGAAAUCAGCGAAACGUGGCGGAGUACUUUUGAUGAGGUCAUGAAAUCGUUUGGUGGAUGGCCGAGUCUCGAAAAUGGAAACAUCGACGAGAAUACUUCUGUUGAACGAUUAUACGCAAGAAUGGUCGCGAAAUUCCGUGCCGAUUCCCUCUUCAAAGCCACCGUUCAACCAGAUGACAAAAAUUCGGAGAAACACGUUCUUUUGGUUGAUCAACCGGCACUCAAUCUGUUUGCUCGCGAUUUCUACAUCAUGGCUGAGAAUGAAGAACGAUUAGCAUACGUCACAUUGAUCAGAGAUGUUUUGGUUCAUCUACAUGCCCGACCAGAGAUCGCUAUUCGAGAUGCUAAAGAGAUCAUCGAGUUUGAGACGGAUUUAGCGAAUAUCACAAUGGCCGACGAGCAUCGUCACGAUAUCGCCGAAUUGUACACAAAGCUCAGCAUCGGUGACAUGCGACGCCGUUUACCCAACUUUAACUGGCUUCUUUUCUUCAAUUCGGUUUUCGAUGAUAUCAAGAUGAAAAACGGUACCCCAAUCACUUUCAACUACGAAACGGAAGUCGUUGUCUAUGGAUUGGAAUUCUUGGAGCGUUUAGAUAAACUCUUACCGAAGUAUACAAAAAGACGAAUCGUGAACUAUUUGGAGUGGUGUUGGUUUUUCAAAACGAUGCUCCGAGAUUUACCCGAUCCUUUUGCGUUAACGAUUUUCAAAUUCUAUAAAACUCUUAAUUUGAUGAAUGUACAAAAGGUUCGAUGGCAUGGCUGUGUCACGAGAAUCAACUCACUCAUGCCUAUGGCCACAUCGUCCAUUUACGUCAAAUAUCAUUUCGAUCAUGACUCAAAGCAACAGGUAGAGGAAAUGAUUUCAUUGAUUAUGGAUGCUUUCGUUGACCUUCUACUUCACGAAGACUGGCUUACUCCGGAGACGAAAACUUUCGCAAAGCAGAAGGUGGAGACGAUGAAGCAAAAGAUUGGCUACCCAGAGUACUUAAACGAUGCUCAAGCUGUGAACAAAGAGUACAAUCAGUUCAAGGUCUAUGAGAGUAACUAUUAUAAGACGAAAUUUCAAUUCUACGAGCAAUAUCAACGGGAUGUUCUGGAGAGAAUCGUUCAACCAGUCGACAGGGAAAGAUGGGUUGCCGGCGCAGCACUUGUCAACGCCUUCUACUCGCCAAACACUAAUGAAAUCAUUUUCCCAGCUGGCAUUCUUCAACCCGUUUUUUAUUCAAAAGAUUUCCCAUCAUCGAUGAAUUUCGGUGGAAUCGGAGUCGUCAUUGGACACGAGAUCACUCACGGUUUUGAUGAUCGAGGUCGACUGUACGACAAUCUUGGAAACAUUCGUCAAUGGUGGGACAAUCAAACAAUCGCCAAUUUCGAGCGGAAAGCCGAGUGCAUUGAGGCCCAGUACAGCAGCUAUGUCCUUGAACAGAUCCAGAUGAAAAUCAAUGGAAAAUCGACGAAAGGAGAGAACAUUGCCGACAACGGAGGACUCAAACAAGCAUAUCGAGCCUGGAAACGUUACGCAAAAUCUCGUCCAGCUCCACCUCAAUUGCCCGGUGUUAAUCUCACUCAUGAUCAACUUUUCUUCUUAAAUUAUGCUCAAAUUUGGUGUGGUACGAUGAAUGAUAAAGAAGCGCUGAGAAAAUUGAGAACUUCUGAGCAUUCACCCGGCCCGAUUAGAGUGAAAGGUCCACUCUCGAAUUCGCUCGAUUUCGCGAAAGCUUAUCAAUGCUCGCCCGGGACUCCGAUGAAUCCCAUAGAAAAGUGCCGAGUUUGG